UAUCUACUUCUAUAUCUAAAAUGUCGCUAAAUCUUGAGAACGAAACCAAAUGGCUAACGACAAGCGUCUUGCCGCAGAUCCUGCGUAGUGGACGACUAUUGGAGAACUACAGCGAGGCGCUGGCGAAAACUUUCCAGGUGGAGAGCAUCGAAAUCAAUGUAAUCGGCGCCGAUGAGGCCUACAUGUUAACCAUAUGCUACAAGGCUCACAUCAAAUUUCAAUAUGCCGGCCAACAGCAGCAGAGGAGACUGGUUAUUAAGAAAACACCAAAGAUAUUGCCUGAUGUAUACGAUUCGGUGCAAUUUGAUGAUCUAUUUAGCAAUGAAGUGGGCUUCUACGUCGAGAUACUGCCACUUCUUCAGAAGCUGAGCAAUGGCAGGUUUGCUGCUCCCAAGUAUUAUUACAGCGAAAUCAAACCGAACUCCGCACUGCUCAUCCUGGGCGACUUUGCGGAGGAUGGCUGGAGAAUGACUAAGGACAGAUUUGGCCUGAGUCUGGAGCAUGCGCGCAUUGCAGUCAAGUACUUGGGCAAGUUUCAUGGCUUCGGCUAUGCCAUGAAGCACAACCAUAAGGAGCGCUUCCAGGAGCUCACGAGCAGGCUCAGGGAAGGACGUUAUGCCAAAGAGUCUCUGAACCAUGAAUGGGAACUAAAACAUAAGGCCAGCCUCAAGCGAGCGGAGCGGGUAGUAGCUACAUAUCAACCACAAGUGGACAAGGAAUUCGUCAGUAAGUUUCAGCUACUCCUUUACAGUUAUAUAGGCUAUGGACGUCAGCGUGUGGCGCCCAGGGAGCCACUCGCUGUCAUCUGCCACGGUGACUACCUGAGAAACAAUGUGGCCUACAAGUACGCUACGGACAAUAGCAGCACUCCCCUGGAGAUAAUGAUGUUUGACUAUCAGACAUUGCGUUUGUCCUCGCCCAUGAUUGAUCUCUGCGUGUUCCUGGCACUCUCACUCCUGGCGGAAGUGCGCUACAACAAUUUUGAUAGUCUUUUUGAUGAUUAUUGCAAUGCGCUCUUUGAAAGUUAUAGGAAACAUUCAAGUAUUUCACUUCCGGCGUACCUCAAUCGCGAUGAUUUGAUGAAAGAGUACAUCAGGAUUUUGCCAUACGCUGUGCACAUAACGUGCUACUUCCUCUUCUCGCUGGUUGAUCCACCAACAGUUUCGGCGGAGGAAAUGUUUAACACAGAGCUUUCGGAUUUGGAAAUUGUUCAGACAGCGUUGAAGCAAGGCGGUGCACUGGUGGACCGGGAAAUAGCCCAUCAAAUAAAGGAAUUGUACGAGCUGAGCCAAUUGCACAAAGUGCAAAUUGACGAGGAUAUUGAUACAUCAGAUUGGAUUAAAGAUGCUUUCAAAUUUGUAAAAGAAACAAAUUGGAUAUAUGAAAGUGCUUAAGUUGUAUCGAAUGGCAUAAGCUUAAGAAUUGGCUAAAUAAAAAUAUAUUAAAACAAAA